UUGCGUUUAAUAAGACUUUAUUUUCAACGCCCUCUCGCUGAAAAAUUAUUAGCAACGUCAUACAUCAAAAGUUGUUACCAAUGAAUCAUUUUAGUUGGUUACUGUCGGAAUUAAACCAGAAGAGAUGAAGAGAAAAAAAGACAAAAGCCUUUAUGUCAUCCCUCUCACGUCGUCUUUGGCGGCUUCAAAGCCUUCAUAUGAUUCUGAAUCACACACAAAAAAAAGAAAACAAAAUCAAUGGUAUGAAUAUAAUAAUUUAUCCAUUCCAAUAAUUUAAUGAACCUAAAAUAUUCAUUUACUCCAAGAAACAGCUGACUUACUAGAAACAGUUGACUUUUCUUCUUCACCAUUCCUAUAAACCCAAUCAGAAACUUCGCAACCAAAUCUUACAGAAUCACGAUGAUCUCGUUUUCAUUUCAUCUCCUCGUCUUCAUCCUCCUAAGUCUCUCUUCCUUCGCAACAGCACAACAGCCUUAUGUCGGAAUAUCAACAACUGAUUGCUCUGUUUCCGACAACACAACCUCUGUUUUCGGCUACUCUUGUAAUGGUCUCAACAAAACUUGCCAAGCUUACGUCAUUUUCCGAUCUACUCCUUCUUUCUCCACCGUCACCUCAAUCUCUUCCCUCUUCUCUGUCGACCCAUCUCUCGUCUCCUCCCUCAAUGACGCUUCACCUUCAACUUCUUUCCCUUCUGGUCAACAAGUCAUUAUCCCUUUAACUUGUUCUUGCACCGGUGACGAUUCACAAUCCAAUAUUACAUACACAAUCCAACCAAACGAUUCGUAUUUCGCCAUUGCUAACGACACUCUUCAGGGGCUUUCGACAUGUCAAGCUUUGGCAAAACAGAACAAUGUUUCUUCUCAAUCUUUGUUUCCUGGUAUGAGGAUCGUUGUUCCGAUCCGUUGUGCGUGUCCCACGGCUAAACAGAUCAACGAAGAUGGCGUGAAGUAUCUGAUGAGUUAUACUGUGGUUUUUGAAGACACUAUCGCGAUCAUCAGCGAUAGAUUCGGGGUUGAGACGAGCAAGACUUUAAAAGCUAACGAAAUGUCUUUUGAGAAUUCUGAAGUUUUCCCUUUCACAACAAUCCUGAUCCCUUUGGUGAAUCCUCCUGCAAAUACUAACUCUCUCAUUCCUCCUCCUCCUCCUCCUCCUCCACAAUCGGUUUCUCCUCCUCCAUUGUCGCCGGAUGGUAGGAAAUCGAAGAAGAAAACAUGGGUCUAUGCUCUUGCCGGAGUACUAGGAGGAGCAUUGGUUUUGAGUGUGAUCGGUGCAGCCAUAUUUUGCCUGUCUAAGAAGAAAACGAAAACGCAAACGCAAGAGGAAACGGGAAACCUCGAUAGCUUCAUGGGCAAGAAACCACCGAUGUCUGAUCAAGAAUUCGAUCCGCUAGAUGGUUUGUCAGGUAUGGUGGUAGAAUCCUUAAAAGUUUACAAAUUUCACGAGCUGCAAUCAGCUACAAGCGAUUUCACAUCGUCUAGCUCGAUUGGAGGAUCAGGGUACAUCGGAAAAAUCAACGGCGAUGGCGCAAUGAUCAAGAAAAUCGAAGGAAACGCAUCGGAGGAAGUCAACUUAUUGUCUAAACUAAACCAUCUUAACAUCAUCCGUCUCUCUGGAUUCUGUUUCCAUGAAGGAGAUUGGUACUUAGUCUACGAACACGCUUCAAACGGAAGCUUAAGUGAAUGGAUCCACACGACGAAAUCGUUACUAAGCUUGACACAAAAACUACAAAUCGCUUUGGAUAUAGCAACAGGGCUAAACUAUCUACACAACUUCGCUGAUCCUCCAUACGUUCACAGAGAUUUGAACAGCAACAAUGUGUUCCUCGACCUCGAGUUUCGAGCAAAGAUUGGUAGUUUAGGUUCAGCAAGAUCAACGACUGAAGAUUUCGUGUUGACCAAGCACGUGGAAGGAACAAGAGGGUACUUAGCUCCGGAGUAUUUGGAACAUGGUUUAGUUUCAACUAAGCUUGAUGUCUAUGCUUUUGGAGUUGUCUUGUUGGAGAUUGUUACUGGUAAAGAAGCUUCUGAAUUGAAGAAAGAGAUCGAUGAAGGUAAAGCUAUUGAUGAGAUUUUGAUUCAUGGAAGAUUGUUACCUGAAGGAUUAACAAGUUUUGUUGAGAGAUUAGUGGUGGAUUGUUUAAAGAAAGAUCAUUUGAAUCGUCCAUCGAUGGAUGAAAAUGUUAUGUCUUUGUCUAAGAUCUUGGCGGCUACGCAGAACUGGGAAGAAUCGUCGUACUAAGUUUAAGGCCCACUAUUGUUUGGGCCCAAGGCCCAUUUAGAACUAGUUAGACCCUUUGUUUUUUUUUUUUUUUUUUUUUAUAUAUACAAAUGUCAUUAAAGAUUUUUAGAUUUUAGAAGCUUAUGUUAUGUUGUGUUGGAGUUGGUCACAAAAAAUGUAGAUUGGUCAAGGCUGUUAAAUAUUUAGUUUCUAUACAACAUGAAUUAUGAGAAUGUUAUUUUAGAACGUAUUCAUACCAAUUAGAAAUUAUUAUUUUAAAUGAGAUUACG